CUUUUUUUCCUGAACCGAAUUUUCUCUCCCCCCAAACAGCCCCCGAUUCUCCCGCUGAUAUUGAACCUGCAUAUUUUUAGUUUACUUCUUCUUCCUUGUUUCUUUCUUGAUCUCGAAAUUAUUGUUUCCGAGACGAAAAGCUCUGAUUUUUUUGGGGUUUGGGAGGAUAUGGGAGAAGAAGUGAGGGGGAGUGAAUAUGACAGCAACGGUGGUGAUGAAGUGAGAGUUUCGGAAUGGGAGAUGGGGUUACCCAGCGCCGAUGAUCUUACUCCCUUAUCCCAGCUGUUGAUCUCGCCGGAACUCGCUUCGGCGUUUAGUAUUUCGCCGGAACCUCGGCGGUCCGUCCAUGACGUGACUCGCGAAUCACGGAAUACUCUCUGCUCUAUCCGCGCCACGGGGGCCCAGUCUUCCACCAACAACAACAACGAUGAUGACAAUUUCGGGUCUUUUGCUGAUCCGAUGGUGUUGGAACCUGACGGGGAUGGGUCGGGGUCUGGAUCCGGGUCAGACGCUCGGAAGAUGCGGAAAGUGACGGUGACGGACGGCGAUUUUGCUGAGGAAGCGGAUUCUGCUGUGAGAAUGGAGAAUUCGGAUGAUCCGUUGGAGCGGACCUUGAAACGGCCGAGGUUGGUGUGGACGCCUCAAUUGCAUAAGCGUUUCGUGGAUGUGGUGGCGCACUUGGGAAUCAAGAACGCUGUUCCCAAGACGAUCAUGCAGUUGAUGAACGUAGAAGGCCUGACUCGGGAGAACGUGGCGAGUCAUUUGCAGAAAUACAGGCUAUACUUGAAGAGGAUGCAGGGGUUGUCCAGCGAGGGACCGUCGUCAUCUGAUCAGCUGUUCGACUCGAGUAUGCACGAGAGCGGUGGCGGAGGGAACACCAACGGCCAUGUUGGGAUGCCUAUACACAUGCCCUGUGGCGCGCCGAUGAUGCCAUUGCCAAUACCUGCGUACGGCCAUAUGGGUAUGCAUCAAGGAGGAUAUCAUCAUCCUCACCUGCCGCCUGGAUUCGAAAUGAAUCCAUAUGGGAUGAUGCAGCAGAGAGACUGGUCCGGGAAUAAGUACGGGUCUGGGGUGUCAUAUCCGCACCAUGGUCCUGCUAAUGAUAAACUAAAUUAGCUGGAUUUGCAGAGAGAUUUAGAGCCACUUUGCAUGCACAAAUCUUGGAACUGGCUGGGAUCUUGUUAACUGGGGAUACAUGGAGAAUGGUUUCAAAUGAAGCGUAUGUAGAUGGUUCAACAGAUUACUCCAUAAAUGAUUCAGGCAAGCCCCGAUGGUUAGCUUCUUCAACUCUUCUGAUGGAACGGAAGCAAGAAAUUCUCCAUGUAUAA